CUAAUUGCAGUUGGCCAAAACGUAGCCGCUCUUACAUCUCUCCACGAAAUAGUAAUUUCAAAGCGUUCACGUAGUACAUCUCUCACCGCGUUAGAACCGAUCAUGCUUCGAUUUGUGGAAUUGUGUGUCAAUUUAAGAAAGGGUAAAACGGCAAAAGAAGGCUUGCAUCAAUACAAGAAUAUCUCUCAAAAUACAAGUGUUACAACUAUUGAGCUUGUCAUAAAAAAAUUUAUUGAACUAUCUGAAGAAAAAGUAGCUGCAGCCCAAGCAAAGGCUGAUCAGAUUACUUUGGAUGCAAUUGAUGAUCUCGAGGCAUCCGAAACUCCAGAAUCAAUUAUGUUAAGUACAGUGAGUGGUGAACAGAAAUUUCGACGUCUAUGCGAACUUCUCCGCAAUCAUCUUCAAAACAUUGCCAAAUACGCUCAUCAACCUCAUUCUAUUAAUCUAAAUGAGCCAGAAACACUUCAGCGACAUUUGGACACUCGAUUCAACCAGCUUAACGCAGCUGUUGAAUUAGAACUAUGGCAGGAAGCAUUCAGAUCUGUUGAAGAUAUUCAUAAUUUGCUGUCUAUGUCAAAGAGGCCACCAAAAUCUGUAAUGAUGGCUAAUUAUUAUGAUAAAUUGACGAAGAUAUUUUUAGUUAGCGAAAAUUACUUGUUCCAUGCUUCUGCUUGGAAUCGAUAUUAUACCUUGGUGAAGGCACAAAAUAAAACUCUUACCGAUGAGGAGAGCACGAGAAUGGCCUCUUUUGUCUUGUUAUCAGCUCUUGCCAUCCCUGUUAUUACCAGUUCAAGAACUCGUAUGCUUGAGAUUGAUGACAACAAAAACAAACAGCAUCGACUUGCUUCAUUAUUAGGAAUGAGUCGUUCUCCAACUAGAUCCGGUCUAUUAAAAGAAGCGGGAGAAUUAUCAAUUCGUAUUGAUCAUGCGACUAGUAGUUUAACAUUUGAGACCGACUUGUUUGCAGCUUCUAAAAAUGCUGAUGCUGAUGGUGCCAAAUUGCAAGCUUCACCAGCAGACAGGAUGCGUGAUCAACUUUCGCGACUCGCCAAAUGUUUUUAUACGACCGUCCAUAUGAUAGAUCCUACUAUUAUUGAAGCAAAACAAAACGCUAGAGCGCAGGCUCUUUCACGUGCUUUGGCUGGGAUGGAAGAAGAACAUAAUAAUGCACUUGCGCGAAAGGCUAUUAUUGAGCGACGGAGAGAAUUAGUGGAAACAUUGUUAAUGCGCAAAGAGAAGGAAGAACAGCGUGAGCGAGCUAUUCGCCAAAAACAGAGAGAUGAAGAACUAAAACAACGUCAAAUAGAAGAGGCGAAGAAGCGUGAGCAAGAGAGGAAGAAACGUGAGCGUGAGGCCAUUCAAAAAGAGGAAGCUCGUAAAUUGGCAGAAACUUUUAAACUUCAAAAUCUAAAACUUGAACCAGAUGAGUUGGAUAAAUUGGACCCAGAUAAGAUUGUUAGACUUCAAGUUGAACGGCUUGAGAAAGAAAAACGCGAACUUAAUGAACGUCUCAGAGCUACAGCUAAGCGCAUGGAUCACCUUGAACGUGCUUAUCGUAAAGAGGAAAUCCCUCUUUUAGAAAAAGAUUACGAACGACAAAGAAAAACCGAUAGAGCAUAUCAUGAAGCUGCUCGUAAAUUACAACUCGAAACAGCUUUUGCUAAGCAUACAGAAGAUCUUAAAUUAAAAGAGAGGCUAAUGAGAAUCUUACCAGAUUAUCAAAAAUAUCGAUCAGAAAUUGAAAAUAGGCGCUACGAAGAAUUUGAACGACGUCGUAAAGCUGCUCAAGCUAAAAUUGAAGAAGAAAAGGAAAAAAGACGGCAAACGCUCGCACGUCUUGAAGAAGAACGCCGUCUCAAGAAAGAAAGAGAAGAUGCAGAGUAUCUAGAAAAGAAACGGAAGCUUGAUGAACAAGCCAAACGACAACAAGAGGUUGAGCGUCAAGCAGAAGAAAGGCGAAAACGUAUGCAAGAGGAGAAAGAGCGUGAGCGUGCUGAAAAAGAAGAACAAGAUCGACGUCGGAAGUUGGAAGAAAGAAGUUCUGGCUAUGUUCCUCCAGCUCGUCGUUCGGAAGGUUGGCGUCGCACAACUGAUGUUAAAGAUGAACCUAGUGCAUGGCGCCGAUCAAGUGAAACACCUAGUAAAGAUGAACAACCAUGGCGCAGAACCGGUUCGGGUCGUUCAACUGCUCCAGAGGAACAACGGCGUUCGGUUCAGCUACCUGAAGAAACUUCGUGGCGUAGAUCAGAUUCAGGUCGCAGUAACACUGCAGACGAAACUGAUAAACGUCGGUCUGAUGUUCCUCGACGUGCAGAAGAAAUGGAAUGGCGGCGAUCUGAUUCAGGACGUGGAACCUCGACUACCGAAGAUAAAUCUUGGCGUCGUACUUCAGUUGCUACCACUUCAACACGUGAGGAAUCAGGUAGUUGGCGGCGAAGUGGCCCACCAACUAAUGAUCGUGGAGAUAGUAAACUAAGAUCGCGCGAAGAUUCAUGGAGAUCAAAAGAAGGAGAGGAUUCUGAGCAAUCUUCAACGUCUUCACGAGGUCCUACUCGUAUAUUGAAACCGGAAUUUACAGCUGAACCUGAAGCUGAUGAGGAUGGGUUUAUAACAGUUAGCAAGG